AGUAAAACGAAGAAGACGCAAAAUAAACCCGUGACUUAUCUAACCCGUAAAUGUAAACAUAGGUAAAUGCGAUGCGGUACUUUUGAAAUGCGUGCUUUCAGUAAAGCUAAGAUAGUAAGGGCAAAUGUGUCCUGCACAUUGCUAAUGUUUGGACAACAAAACUGAAUGAACAAGAAUGACGGCACAUUGUGCGGUUGCACACAACGCGUUGCGUACAAUCGCGUCAACAAGGACUGGGAAUAACCUCAAGGUAAAUUGAUGGAGCGCCUGUAUUUCCUUAAUGUGCAUUACUGACUGCACACACUUUGACGUUGACAAAUAGCAAGCAGAUAUCAUGAAAUUUAUUUCAAUGUAUGUGCAUUGCCUUGAAUGGAAAAUUCGCCCCUGCCAAUAUGGCCGCCACGUAGACACGUCGUUAUGUCUGGUUUCUACAUAGCGGUGGCACGUAACAUUUGUUACCGUGCUUAAUCAUUCGACUCAGUGGUAUUUUGGAAAGUGUACUUUUGGAGCUUGGUUGUACCCGCGUAGAAAUAUUGUUAAUCUCCCGUUGAUUAACUUUGGUUGCAACGAGCGAUAUGGAUUCUUCUGGGUCGUCGGGGGUGCUUGUUACCGACGGUCCCGUCGUUGAAGAAUGUCCCAAACCCGAACUGUCUGCUGCGAUGCGGGCAAAAAUCGAGAGGAAUCGACAGCGGGCGUUGAUGCUCCGACAAGCCAGGAUAGCGAGCCGCCCUAUGGGCGCAGAGCAGGGCGCGACUUCUGCCAAAGUAUGCAAAACCAUUGACUCUGGUGGGGGCUUUUUCAUCGAGGAAGAGGAGGGUUUGGAGGAGACGCAGAAGACCAAUAAAGUGGUGCACCAGCCAGCUCCGGUUAUUGAGCCAGAAUACCUGUUUUGCGACGACUGUCAAAAACCUUUUAUGGAUUCCUACCUCAGCAACAGCUUUGACCUGUCUGUGUGUGACAAGUGCAGGGACAGCAACGAGAAACACAAGUUAAUCUCCAGAACUGAGGCCAAGCAGAACUAUCUUCUGAAGGACUGUGACCUGGACAAGCGGGAGCCUCCACUCAAGUUCAUAUUGAGGAAAAACCCUCACAACCCACGCUGGGGGGACAUGAAACUCUACCUUAAAAUACAUGUUGAGAAGCGAUGUAUGGAGGUGUGGGGUUCGGAGGCGGCGCUGGAGGAAGCCAAGGAGGCCAGGGAAGAAAACAGAGAUGUGCAGAAACAAAAACGGUUCAACAAGAAAGUUAAAGAGUUGCGCCGGGCAGUGAGGAGCAGCAUGUGGACUAAAGACACUAGCGUUCAUCAACAUGAAUAUGGACCAGAAGUGGUGGUUGAUCUGGAAGAGGACCUCUACAAGAAAACUUGCACGACCUGCGGUCAUGAACUCAACUAUGAAAAGAUGUAAGUUUGUACAAUUUGAUACCUUAGCUCAGAAGCACACUUUCCAAUUCUCCUUAAAGAGCCAAACUCCAUUAACUCCUCUCCAUAUUUGAAAGUUUUCUGAAUUCUAUUUGAAACCAAAAUGUAAGCAACUGAUCUAAGCAACUUAAGUCCAAAGUCCACCAUUUCCAUGACUACAACAUCCCACUUCACAUGCAGAUGAUUUAUAUGCAGUGAAUCCACAAAUUGGAUUCAUUUGAAAAAGUCCUUACUAAAGAAUUUAAGCUAGUUGUAAUUGUAUGUAUUGUAUGUUUUGGAACUUGCUACAUUGUUAUCUUUAUUGAAUAAAUGUUUCAUAUUAAAAAUC